GCGAGCAGGAAAUAAUAUUACACCAUGAGCUGCAUAGUACUAUGUCAGGCAGGGCAUGUAGUCGGUGCAACUGAGGUUCUACUGGGUAGCCCAAAGCUUUGCACACUACAGUAUCUCGACUUGCCUCCGUUUAAAGAAUCGCCUGGGAAUGCAGCUGAAGGAACUGAGUUCAACCAUCACUGUGGUGAACAGCAUCAUUGGAGUAUCUGUGCUGACUCUACCAUUCUGCUAUCAACAAUGUGGGGUGGUGCUGGGUUCCUUGCUGCUGCUAAGCUGCUCCUGGAUGGCCUACCGUUCCAGCAUGAUGCUCAUUGAAGCCGCCCUCUCCGCCAAUCGCAAAACCUACUUUGGUCUGGCUCAAGUAUCCUUUGGAGUGCCAGGAAAAAUAUUCAUUGAAAUAUGUAUGAUCGGGUUGCUGCUCGGAACAUGCAUCGCCUUCUUUGCGGCCUUGGAAGAUCUGGUAGCCAGCCUCUUCAUGAAGUUGACUGGAUCCUCGAUAUUGCCCUGGCAACACGCCCUGCUACUCUGCACCAUCACCUCUGUAUCGGUCUUGCCCCUCAGCCUGCAGAAGAUGGUGUCAAACUCAGCCUGGCAAUCACUCACCACCAUCAUCUUUUACAUCCUUUUAAUGUUUGUGCUGGUGGUGAACUGCCUGAGGUUGGCGCUGUCUGGCGGGCUGACUUGGGACGAGGUCCACUUGUGGCACUGGUCUGGGGUCACCAAGUGUCUGCCGAUCCUCGCUACCUCAUUCUGUGGUCACCCACUCGUGCUUCCGAUAUACUUCAAUUUCCGAGGAAAGUCAGUGGAGCAGAUGAACGGAGCAUUCAAGUACGCAAACAUCAUUGUGGUUACGUUUUAUGCCAUGGUGGGAUUAAGCGGCUACCUGGCAUACACCGGGUCUGUCAAAGGGGACAUCCUUGCUGCUCUCCCGCCCAGCCUGGUGACGGAUGGGAUACGGAUCAUAUUCCUGGUGUCCCUCACCUCCAGCUUCCCUCUCAUCAUUCUGCCCUGCCGCCAGGCCAUCAACACGCUCCUCUUCGAACAGCAGAAGGAAGAUGGCACUUUCUCAGUGAGCGGUGACAUGCCCUUCCAUCGACAUGUAACGUGCACAGUGAUGAUAGUGUUCAGCACCAUGGUGAUGGGUGUCCUGGUGCCCGAUGUGCAGACGGUCUUAGCUGUAAUGGGCUCCACAAUGGCCAGCGUCAUCUGUUUCAUUUCUCCGUCUGCAAUUUCUGAGAAACUACGCAGAGGAACCCUCAGAGGACGAGUAAUUUUAGGAAUGGGAGUAAUUCUCCUCCUUAUCCGGGCGUCCAGCAUCUCCAACUUAACUGCGAUGGAAUUGCUGCAACAACCAAUACGAAAAUCCAUCGUGCCCAUAGAAAAGGUGAACGUACACCUGGCCAACACGACCAAGGGCCACCCCUAUAAUACAGGAAAUUAAGUGACGGAACUGACCCCUUCAAGUGAACUGGCGAAUGUGAGCAAGACUUCAGUGGAGGAGUUGAACGAGAGAAUUGCAGUGUGAGAAAUUGCCCAUCUCCUCCACACCGGUCACUCCUUCUCGUGAGGUGACGGAGACCGGGAGCGGGGCCGUACAUCGCCCGGCGCGGCCUAAAAUGGCCGUGGGACUCGCCAUCGCCCGCCUGGGGCUUCGACAUCGGGAGAGAAAUGGAGAACAG